ACAUCGUUGCUCCAAACCACUUCACUUGUCUCGCACCUACUUUAAUUGUUCCAGAUUGCUCCCCACCACCGCCACCACUUCAAUUGAUGACACUUGGUGUGCACAUCUACAUUGUUCGAUUAUUCUUUUAGUACACACACAUGAUUUCGAAUUUACGAAUAUCAAAUUAUUUUAUCAUUUUUUAUGUGUUGUUUCUUAUCAUUCCAAUUAAGGUGACUUCCAUUCAUUUUGUAGACUCACAGCACAAUGUAAUCCUUAUUCUAACUGAUGACCAGGAUAUUGAACUUGGAUCUAUGGACUUUAUGCCAAAAACUUCCCAAAUAAUGAAAGAACGAGGCACGGAGUUCACUUCGGGCUAUGUUACAACUCCAAUCUGCUGUCCCAGUCGUUCUACCAUUCUGACAGGAUUAUAUGUACAUAAUCAUCAUGUACAUACAAACAAUCAAAACUGCACUGGAGUCGAGUGGAGAAAAGUGCAUGAGAAAAAAUCUAUUGGAGUUUACUUGCAAGAAGCUGGAUAUAGAACCGCGUAUUUGGGCAAAUAUUUAAAUGAAUAUGACGGGUCGUAUAUUCCUCCAGGAUGGGAUGAGUGGCACGCAAUUGUUAAGAAUAGCAAGUUUUACAAUUACACAAUGAACUCGAAUGGAGAGCGGGAAAAAUUUGGCUCAGAGUAUGAAAAGGAUUACUUCACCGACCUGGUGACAAACCGCUCCCUGAAAUUCAUCGACAAACACAUAAAAAUCCGAGCUUGGCAACCAUUUGCACUCAUAAUUUCCUAUCCAGCGCCGCAUGGACCAGAAGACCCCGCACCACAAUUUGCACAUAUGUUUGAAAAUGAAAUUAGCCAUAGAACUGGCAGCUGGAAUUUCGCUCCAAAUCCUGAUAAGCAGUGGUUAUUGCAAAGAACUGGUAAAAUGAAUGAUGUCCAUAUAAGUUUUACUGAUUUAUUACACCGUCGACGGCUACAAACAUUGCAAAGUGUUGAUGAAGGAAUCGAACGAUUGUUUAAUUUACUUCGAGAAUUGAACCAACUAUGGAACACCUACGCAAUUUACACAUCUGAUCAUGGCUAUCAUCUCGGCCAAUUUGGUCUAUUAAAAGGAAAAAACAUGCCGUAUGAAUUUGACAUCAGGGUACCCUUUUUUAUGAGAGGACCUGGGAUUCCACGGAAUGUCACAUUUAAUGAAAUAGUGACAAACGUUGAUAUAGCUCCAACAAUGCUUCACAUAGCCGGAGUGCCCAAGCCGGCAAGAAUGAAUGGAAGAAGUUUGCUUGAGUUAGUUGCUUUGAAGAAAAAGAAAAAGAAGCAUAUGACUGCAUUGAAACCUUGGCGAGAUACGAUUCUAAUUGAGAGAGGAAAAAUGCCAAAGCUGAAAAAGAUCCGAGAUAGGUAUAUAAAGCAAAAGAAAAAGUUCAACAAGGAAAAUAGACUGUCUAAGGAGUGUAAAAGAAGAAAAUGGCAAAGAGAUUGUGUUCAUGGACAGCUCUGGAAAUGCUACUACACAGUAGAAGAUCGCUGGCGAAUUUACAAGUGUCGUGACAAUUGGAGUGACCAGUGUUCAUGCAGAAAAAAACGAGAAAUAAGUAAUUAUGAUGAUGAUGACAUUGACGAGUUUUUAACGUAUGCUGAUCGGGAGAACUUCUCGGAAGGCCAUGAGUGGUAUCAAGGUGAAUUUGAAGACUCGGGCGAAGUUGGUGAAGAAUUGGAUGGUCACAGAAGCAAGCGAGGAAUUUUGAGCAAAUGCAGUUGCUCCAGAAAUGUUUCCCAUCCAAUAAAACUUCUAGAGCAGAAAAUGUCAAAAAAGCACUACUUGAAGUACAAAAAGAAACCGCAAAACGGAUCAUUGAAACCAAAAGACUGCUCACUUCCCCAAAUGAACUGCUUCACACAUACUGCAUCUCACUGGAAAACUCCCCCUCUCUGGCCUGAGGAGCUUGGAGAGUUCUGCUUUUGUCAGAAUUGUAACAAUAAUACAUAUUGGUGUUUACGAACCAAAAACGAGACACACAAUUUUUUGUAUUGCGAGUUCGUUACAGAGUUUAUCAGUUUUUACGAUUUCAACACGGAUCCGGACCAGUUGAUAAAUGCCGUAUACUCGUUGGAUAUUGGCGUGCUUGAGCAACUUAGCGAGCAACUUCGGAACCUUCGAAAAUGUAAGAAUCGACAGUGCGAGAUAUGGAGCACGUCUCAAAUGUUAAGAUCUCCGAAGCUUGUUGACUUGAGAGUUAAUGAAAAGUCUUUUUUGACUUAUCAACCGGAGAAAACAUGAGUUUCACUUGAAACGGGUCUGAAUGAUUUCACUUUAAUUAUUUCUAAUUGUCAUUUUUGUGAUUGCAUAAAUCUGUGGAAUUUUACU